AUUGUUUUUACUCGCAUCAGGUGAUUGUCAGCCAGGUGACACAUAGACACGGUCCUGCAGGAGGGGAAAUCACCUUUUCUGUGGGGGAUGAAAACCUACCUGGUGAUCUCAGUCUGGAAAUGUCAAAGAAAACGUGUUUCAGUGAUGUGAACAGAAGAAAAAACUUUAAAAUGUCUGUUUUAAAAUUAAACUUUAUUCAAGCAGAGAUGCUUUGCUGGUUUGACAUCCUGUACUCUUCCAGUAACACCAUCUUUUUUGGUCCAUCCAGAUGUUGCAGUGCACAGUGUCACACAUCUGCUUCCUGGCUCUGCCUCUGAUCUCACUGCUGCUGCUCUUCUCUCCUCUGGGUUGGAGCCAUGACAGCCGUACUCCAGGAUGUCACAUGUUUCCCUUUAACGUAACCAUCCGCAGCGACCGGCGUGGCACGUGUAAAGGCACCCAUCUGGUCUACGCAUGCGUGGGUUACUGCGAGUCCAGUGCCUUCCCAUCCAGGUACUCUGUAUUGGUGGCCUCCAACUUCACACACAACAUCACCUCUGCAUCCCAAUGCUGCACCAUCAGCAGAGAGGCUAAGGUCAAAGUUCGCCUGGACUGUCCUCAAGGUCGUCACCAUGAUGAAAUAGAGAUCCUGACAGCGAAGGCGUGUCGCUGCGACAUGUGCCGAAAAUCCCGCUACUGACACAAGCUAGUUCAACUGCCAUGUUUUAUUUUAAAUCUCAGCCUAGUUGUUGAUAAUAAACAAGAUAUGUCAACUUAUAGAAAAGGAAAAGUAGCGCAAUGAUGCACCAUCACAAUCGUUCUGACUGAUUCCAAACUCGAAUAUCGGAAAACCUGUCGAUUCUGAUUCAGUAGAUUGUGAUUUCUUUCUAAGAGCUAUGAUUAACGGUAAACAAUCUUCUGAACCCGCUUCUGUCCACG